CUUCCCAUCUUUACCAGCUUCCCCGAGUGCGACAGUACUGGUUACUGUAUGUGGUUUCUGGUUGACUUGAUGAGCAAGAAGGAAAAGAAUUCUUCAUCUUUCUCGAAUGUUGGCGUCCGUAUUCACUAGGACGUGACAAAAAGGUAAAUAAACCUGAAGCUACAAAAGUUCUGGCAAUUCUAGCAUGUAACUAGGAAAUUGUGCAAGAGAACAAGAAAUCUUAUUGGCAUGAAAAAUAUGAGGUCUAAGUGGAAAUCUUUUGUUUCAGUACACUUUUUAAGUACACAUUGCAUCAGCUACGGUACAUGAUCAGUGAAAUUAAAUCACACCAAUAAAAUUCGAAUUUUAAUCUAACAAAAAAAUGUAGCUUCUUUUUCAGAUAAAUUUCUCGGUACAAAAUGCGUCAAGGCACUUUCUCAAUGCGAAUGAUGACUGUACAAUGUUGUGAGUCUUGAUAUAUGUAUAUACCAUCAUUAAGAUGUCCCAGUCCCAGUCCCAGUCCCUGUGGCAGUCUGGCAGUGCUAACUUACUGUUGCAAAGAAGGAAAAAGCAAUCGGUUUACACUGAGAAGAUCUAGAUUUAUUCAGUCACCAAGAUUGUGUUUCAAAUUCGUCAAAUUGUGAGAAGAAUGUGUUUUAGCUAGACACAAGAUCCAGUUCCAGUUUCAGCACAAGUGACCUUGUAGGGUUUCUCCACCAGUCAAAGAUAGCCUAAAAAGGAGUAUACAAAGUCAUCUGAUCAUCUUGAAUGGAGAAGCUUCUUAAUCCGUACGAUAAGGAAUAUAUGAAGACGGCCAUGUUGAAGCAUGAGGAAACAUUUAGAGAGCAGGUUUAUGAACUACACCGUCUAUAUCAAAUUCAAAAGCUGCUAAUGAAGAAGAUUGCAAGCAGCCAGAAACACGGCCAAGAUUCAGAUACACGGAAUCUCAAGAUUGUUAGUAUAUCAAAUCAGACAAAUGAUCAUCAUGCAGAUGUAGAGAAAAGGCCGCGACUGGGCCUUGAUUUGGAACUUCCCGUUGACGAUUACUUUCAGGGAAUCGAACGGAAUGGGACGGCAGGAAUUGAUGAUGAAAGUGAGCUGGAGCUGACAUUAGGCAUUGGCCCGUCGAGUAACUGUGGAAGGAGAAAAUCUUUGGAGAUGUCAAUCCCUUCAGAUUCUGCAGCGAGUUUUUCUUCUUCCUCCACAGGAUCCAGCAAUAUAAAGAGGACAAAUUCAGGUCUAAUUAAUCAUCAGAGGACAAAUGCAAUUCGAGAAGAAUUUAUUGGAAGGAAAUGGGGAUUAGAGCUGCCCGGUUCCAAUCCUAGUUUAUUAGGUUCAAGGAAGAAAAGUUCUGACAUUGAGGAGCAAUUGAGACAAGACAGACAUAGUAAUCCUCCUUGGCUUUUACAAGCUUUGAGUCUUAACACGAGUUGAAAAAUCAUCUAGAGUCGGUAUGAAAAUAUUUUAGACUGAUUCUUAUCGGCUGAUUAUGGUGAUAGUUUGAUAAAAUUUCAACUCAGUUUUAAAUCCUGCUUGUAGAUUUAAUUGUCCUUCCUCAUCUGGAAUAGUACGUCUGGUCUGUAUGUAGCAUGCUAAUACUCGGCAUCCUGUUCUUUUUCCAGUCAAGUCCACGCCUCAUUAACAUCGGCAGCCCAGCCGUAACUCACUGAGGUAUAAUUAAGCCUUGUUUGGUUUAACGGACAGGACGUCCUAAAGAAGUCCCCAAAAAUAUCUGUAUGGGAAUCUUAAGAGUCCACAACACACCACCGUCCCGUCCCACAUGCGAAACCAAUCCAUGACAUGAAUAGUCCAAUAGUUGCUGGGCGUGCCUAAAUUUCUGCUGGUACUUGAAAAGACAUUUGGUGUUUGAGGGUGUC